AGUUUCACCCUCCAGGCGACGAAAACCUCGUUACCGAACUAUUGUUGUUCACAGAGAGUCUGAUAACUCGAUACCUGCCUCCUCACUUUCCAUCCUGAUACUAAAGACUUCUCUCUUCUGCUUUUAUUUCCUAGCUGUGUUUAACUCUCUCCUUCUCUUUGUCUUCCUCCUGCUGCUACCUGGAUGGUUUUCUACUUCUUUGCACCUGGUUUUAUUUUGUAUUUCCACCUUGGUUGGGUGUUUUUUCUCCCAGUUUGGGGAUCUGGAUGACUGUGUCCUGAGAGGCCUUCUGUCUCUGCUGGCCUGCCUCACUCAGCUCUUCCUCCUCAUCAAGGAGCUGAGGGAGAAGCAGGUGAAGCAGCAGAACGUCCUGGAUGAUCUGUACAGAGUGAAGGAGGAGAAACUGAAGGAGCUGCAGAGACGAAGAGAGGAGGAGCGAGAGAGGAGGAGGAGGGAGGAAGAGGAGGCGGCCAGACAGGCAAAGCUGGAGCAGGAGAGGAGGCUCCAGGAGGAGGCCCGACAGAGGAGGCUCCAGGAGGAGGAGGAGGCCCGACAAAGGAGACUCCUGGAAGAGGAGGAGGCCCAGCGGAGGAGGCUCCUGGAAGAGGAGGAGGCCCAGCGGAGGAGGCUCCUGGAAGAGGAGGAGGCCCAGCGGAGGAGACUCCUGGAGGAGCAGGAGGCUCAGGAUCGACUCCGAGACGCCCAGCAGGAAGCACAAGAAGAAGAAGAAAGGAGGAGGAGAGAGGAGGAGGAGAGGAAGAGGAGGGAGGUGGAGGAGCAGAAGGAGGUGGAGGAGGAGAGGAGGAGGAAGGAGGAGCAGGGAGGACUGACCUCCUACAGAGCUCUGUACUCCUUCAUCGCACGAAACGCCGACGAGCUGAGCAUCGACGCCAACUGUCUGAUCCAGGUGAAUGAAAACACCGUCGGUGAGCCCGGCUGGCUGUGUGGGAGUUACCGUGGAAACCGGGGCUGGUUCCCUCAGAGCUACGCCGAGAAAUGCCCCCCGGCCUCGGCCAAUCAGAUGGCGGCUUCCUCACCUGGAAAAACGGCCCGUCUGCCUCCGCCGCCAAACGCAAGAGACCCAAAUGUGGAGGAACCAGGUGAAAACAUUGUUCCCGUCCAAUCAGAUGCUUCACAGCCCUCCGUGGCUCUGCUGGCUCGUGCCGUCUCCUCCUGGUCUUCCUCCUCACCUGAGGCUCACCUGGCCGUCUCCUCGGUAGCCGGUGAUGUCAUCACGGCGCUGCUGAGCUUCUCCCAGGGUGAUGUCAUCAGCGUGCUGCAGCAGAGGGAGGACUGGUGGCUGGGACAGCUGAACGGGACGCAGGGCUGGUUCCCCAAAAAUUACGUCGCCAUGGAGACCGAAGCCGAUGCUUUUGACUCGUCAGACUUCGUCCAGCUGGAAGAGUUCGUGGCCCUGUACACCUACGAGAGUCCGGAGGCCGGAGACCUGACAUUUGUGGAGGGAGACGUCGUCAUGGUGACGGAGAGGGAGGGCGAGUGGUGGCGAGGAUGCAUCGGAGACCAGACGGGAGUUUUUCCCUCCAACUACGUCCGACCUGUGGAGCCGGAGACGUCCAGAUCUGGAGCUUCAACCAGGAAACCAGCAGAAGUGGCUCAGGCCGUCUCCGCCGCCGCCGCCCAGACGCUGCAUCAGCUGCAUCUGUCUCCAGGACAACUGAUCGUGGUUCAGGCCAAGAACUCCUCCGGCUGGUGGCUGGGAGAACUGCAGGCUCGAGGUAAAAAACGCCAGAGAGGCUGGUUUCACUCGUCUCAUGUCAAACUUCUGGGUCCGUCCAGCAGCAAGACGUCGCCUUCUCCUCUCCCAGUCUGUCAGGUCAUCGCCAUGUACGACUACACUGCAGCCAAUCAGGACGAGCUGAGCUUCUCCAAAGGUCAGCUGAUCAGCAUCCUCGACAAGACCAACCCCGAUUGGUGGAAAGGAGAAGUGGGCGGAGUCACUGGCCUGCUGCCCACCAACUACGUGAAGAUGACCACAGAGUCGGACCCGAGUCAACAAUAUCCAGAAUCUGGAAACACAGACGGGUGUGCAGACCUGAUGACGCUGGACUCCAUGAUGCCCCAGGAGAGGAAGAGGCAGGGCUACAUCCACGAGCUGAUCCAGACCGAGGAGACCUACGUGGAGGACCUGGAGCUGGUUCUGGAGGUGUUCUACAAGCCCAUGUCUGAGUCUGGACGUCUGACAGAAGCUGAGAUGUCCGUGAUCUUUGUCAACUGGAGGGAGCUGAUUAUGUGCAACACCAAGCUGCUCAAAGCCCUGCGUGUCCGUAAGAAGACCGGUGGUGAGAACAUGCCUGUCCAGCUGAUCGGAGACCUGCUGGCCUCAGAACUGGCCCACAUGCAGCCCUACAUUCGGUUCUGUUCCUGUCAGCUGAACGCUGCUGCGCUGCUGCAGAACAAAACCCACAACCAGCCCGACUUUAAGGACUUCCUCAAGAAGAUAGCCACCAACUACCGCUGUAAAGGCAUGCCGCUGUCCAGCUUCCUGCUAAAGCCCAUGCAGAGGAUCACCCGCUACCCUCUGCUCAUAAAGAACAUCUUGGAACACACCCCAGAGGUCCAUGCAGACCGAAGCUCUCUGAGAGAAGCUCUGGAGCGAGCCGAGGAACUUUGUUCUCAGGUCAAUGAAGGCGUCAGAGAGAAGGAAAACUCAGACCGACUGGAGUGGAUUCAGAGCCACGUCCAGUGUGAAGGCGCUAUCGAGCACUUAGUGUUCAACUCUCUGACCAACUGCCUCGGGCCUCGCAGGCUGCUGCACAGCGGUCGACUGAACAAACCCAGGAGCAGCAGAGAGCUGUGGGCUUUCCUCUUCAACGACUUCCUGCUGCUCACCCACAGCGCCAAACCCUUCUCCUCCUCCGGAUCUGACAAGUUGUUCAGCCCCAAAACCAGCAUCCAGCUCAAGAUGUACAAAACGCCGCUGUUUCUGAAUGAGGUUUUGGUGAAAAUGCCGCCGGAUCCUUCCAGCGACGAGCCGAUCUUCCACGUUUCACACAUCGAUCGAGUCUACACUCUCAAAAAUGAGACUUUAAAUGAGAGGACGACGUGGGUCCAGAAAAUCAAAGCAGCAUCUGAACAUUUCAUCGAGACGGAGAAGAAGAAGAGAGAAAAGGCUUAUCAAGCUCGUUCUCUGAAGACCAGUGGAAUCGGUCGACUCUUGGUAACCGUGACUGAAGCUCAAGAGCUGAAGGCCUGUAAACCCAAUGGUAAGAGUAACCCGUACUGCGAGCUAACGAUGGGCGCUCAGUGCUACACCUCCAGACCCGUCAGCGACACUCUGAGCCCAAAGUGGAACUUCAACUGUCAGUUCUUCAUCAAAGAUCUGUACCAGGACGUUCUGUGCAUCACCGUGUUCGAGAAGGACCAGUUCUCACCUGACGGUCAGCAGAUUGAAAACAUACAACACCUGGUUACAAUUUAUCUUUGUUUAAACACAGAAACUGACAUUCUUCAUUCCACAGAAGGCAAAAGUUAUGGCUGUUCUAGCUGUUUUUAGCUGUUCUAGCUGUUU